UUACUGUUAGUUGUAAUCAGUCAUCUUUGUCUUAGUGAAAAAUGGCAGCAAGUAGUAGCGGUGUCGAGUGGACCUCGAUUAUCAAACCAAUAUUAGCCGCAUCAUACGGCUCGCUCAGCAAAUUAGACGUUGCGAAUUUCGUCAAAGGAAUUAUAAGAAGUGAAUCAGAUUUUGAGAAACGGGAUGUGGAAUUCGAACCAUUCUUCACUGCAUUCAGCAUUUUGGCUGCAGAAUAUCUCAGUUCAGGAGCAGAUUGCUUGGAAAAGAGUCAAGUGUCUUGCGUUAGUCAUGCCUCGAAGGUUCUCCUGCGCUUUUUGGUCGAACGACUCAGCCGAUCUGAAGCUGACGACAGCCAACUGGCCCGCCUGCUCCUGCUCGCUGUGCAAGGCUUGUGCCAGGGCAAAAGCACCCUGCAGGUGGCGGAUCGGCUGGCUUUGACUGCGGACAUGAAAGUGGCUCGUUUGCCUGGUCCCUCAAAAACUGCCAGCCAAGAAAAAGAAGCCGAGCCGCUGAAACGCCCGCGGUCCGACUUAACAGCUGCCAUCCUUGAGCAGCUGACCACCCCAUUGAGUCCACUGAAUGUAGCUGACUCGCCUGAGGCUGCCAAGGAAGCAGCCGAGACUGAGGCUCAUGGACAAUUUGUACGACGAAAUGUGGCAAGUCUGAAAGCUUUGAACGCCUCUGACAGGAUUUUAGAUGUUUGCCUCGGUCUCAAGAGCCUGAAACUGUAUCUCUCUGGAGAUGAGAAGUCAUCAACAACCGCAGACGCUCUCCACGUGAAACAGCAAGCAGCCACCCUUCUGGCGGAAGUGUCUCUGGUUCACACUGCGUUGGGCCUGCCCAUUCUGGAACCCUUAAAUGCAGACAAACUUGAGAAGCUAGCGAUAAUCAGCCUUGGAUGCUUGCAAGCGGCAGUGGCAUGUGCCUCGUCGGCUGUCUUGCUCAACGCCAACCAAGCCACCGUGAAAAACAAGGAAGAAGAGCUUGAUGCUGCCAUGGUCGGAGUGGUCGAAAAGUCGAUCGAAGUUGCGGACAUGGUGGCCGCUGCCCUGACAGCGUCGAAGCACGUUGAAAAAGGCACACUGUUAAAUGUGGAGACCACCUGGGCGGUGACCCUAGUUCAGGGUCUCUGGCAGCAGGUGUCUGCCACCUACGAACACAGACAGCAGGAGAAAGGCAAGUCACCGAGCCGCGCCGUGUCAGGUCGAGUGAAUCUGCAGAAAGUGCAGCAGGGCUUCAGUGUGCUCUCUGUGGCCCUGGCAGGACAGGCUCUCAAGCUCUGCACGCACAUCUUAACCGAUCUCGACGAAGAUGACAAGGAAUGCACAGAUAUUCCCACUAUCGCUCCUGAAAAUCUUAGCACAAAGUAUUCAGCCGCAGAACGUGUUGCUUACCUACUGAACGCAGCACCUCUGCUCCAGCUGUUGCAUUACCUUGCGAUUAUAUCGUAUAGAAAGGCGUACACACUGAAGAAAGCCUUGAAACCUACAAAUGAAGAGGAUACUGUCAGCUUCUCUGAUUCGACCAUUUACAAUGGGGAUGAUUUUAGUUUUUCAGAGGACAGCUCAGAAGAUGAAGACAGCGAACCAAUAUUAGGUCAGUGGCUAGAGAAAACUCUGGCUCCAAAAAUGACGUCAGAAGGGAGCGAGGCUGAAGGGGAUCUUGAUGAGUCCAAAAGUGGACAGCAAACGGCAAUUUCCUCAUCCUCAGGACUGCAGAGCUCAGUAGUUCCGGAAAAAGGAGAGCCUCACGGCUACAUCCAGCUUGCAAGUGAGGUGUUUAACUUCCUCACUUCCAACCUAGUUUGCUCGCCCAGCGAACUCAUUCGCUCCAACGUUGCUGCCAACUACUGCGAGCAGCACACCGUCAUCCUGGCAGCCAUAAUCCGGGACUUGGACAGGGAAACGGCCAGAACAAAAACGGGAUCCAUACCCGCCUACUUUGGCGCCAGCCUUGGUGCCCUUUACUUUAAGUUCAGCCACUGUCUCACUCUCUACACGCACAACCUGCUCGCCACGUCCAUUUUGCCGGAGACUCUGCAGAUUUCGCUGCUCAGCCAUUUGGGGGUCAAUCCGACUCCUCAAGAGCAGCCAUGGCCCUUGCAGGUGUAUCCGAGAGCAUUAGCGGUGCUGUCGCAGUACAUAGUCAUGAAGAAGCAGCCAGAGCAGGAAACGCUGAUUUUGCGCAUUUGGAGCCGCUUGGUGAACACGCUGCUUGAAUGCGUCACAAGCCCGGCAGAGCCAGUCGACUCAGAGAAUGAGGAUCUCAACGUGGAACAUGCUCAGCUCCUGUUAUUUUUCUUCCACUACCUAAGUCUACUGCAGAAGAAGUCUGUGCUGCUGCAGGUGUCAGCCGGGUUGAUUAAAUGCGGAGAAUUGAUUGCGGAGAGGGUGUCAACCCUGAGAGAAAGCCAACUGCUUCACACGGCCAGGCUGAUCCACCUGUUUGAGCACCUGAUGCGGCACCUGUACGAAGCACCUGCCGUACUUCUGGAGCAAAUCAGAUGGAACCUCUUCAGUGCCACUGGCCUCUUACCAGCAGACAAGGGCUCAAAGAUUGCCUCAAGAAUGUUUUGCCCAUCCCAGGAUGUCGUCGAUAACAUGACCAAAGGUGCUGGCCAGGAAGACUCUGGCAUGAGACCAAGAUACUACAGCCUCACCUCUUUGGAAAUGAAUCAUGAAGAAUGUCCUAAGCUGGACGGUCUGGCCUGCAACUUUGUUCUCGCCACCCCUGAAAAGCUGAAAUACCCGUCCUUGAUUGACGCCCUAAUCCACCUCUUGGGCGUGUUGCACAAAUGUGACUCAAGCUGGUGUCGCAAGGGCCAGUCGCCCUCGCUCCUCUGCACUGUUCAGUACCUGUUCUGCAGUGCGUGGAGAAUGCUGCUGCUGCUCCCGCCGUCGGCUCCUUUCGUCAGCCAGCUGGGGGUUGGCGCCGACCCUACCGAUGUACCCCUCCUGCUGUACACACUAGUCUGGGGCCCCAGGACUGGCUGCUCUGUGUUUUCUUCCUACAUCAAGGACAACCUCAUCAAACAAGGAAUGGUGCCAAACGCUGACACCUUGUUGAAAACGGUGAGCUCCACGCAGACCAGCUUGCACUACACAGCAACCGUUGCCAGGUCCGUGCUCGGAGCCUUCCGUUCCAAGUAUCUCCAGGCUAGCAACUCGCCAUCGCUGGAUCUGUCGGACGUAAUCGCUGUUGACGUGGUGUUGGCCAAACUGCUAGGCCACUUGCACGACACAAAGCAACAGGCCGCUGUCGAGACUGCCAUCAGUCUUUUGCCAGACUUAUUGGCCGUGUUAGCUCACGUGUCUGGUGCUGUCAGGAAAGGGUUGCUUGCUUACGUGGAGGACAGCAACGAGUGGCUGCUGGACGUGUUGGCCAUUGCUUCUUCACAGAACACGCACACUGCAAAUUUGACCCUGGGUCUCAGGACUCUCUUGCCGGCUUCAGUAAGAUCUGCCCUGGACAGAUGGAACAGCAGCAAAGCCACUUACGUCCCUGGCUCUGCCUAUGCCAGUGAUCAGCUUCCUGGGGAAAGCCACUUGUUGAGUGUGCUCAACAACCACGUGUCAAAGCUUUACAGAUGUGACUCGUGCUUGACCAACGAAUCUUUGAAGCACCUAGCCCAUGCACUUGUCUCUUUCUCGUCAGACCUGGCCACCAAGUUAGGGCCUGUAGAUUUGGCACUUCGUCAGCAGAUUGUGGCUGCUCUGUUGCCAGUGUCGCAGGAUGCUUGCGCUGAGUAUCUCUUUGAGCUUCUCAGUGGAGCUCUGCUUGAGGCUUCGAGUGACGACCAACAGAGACAGGUGUUUUGCACUCUGCUAGCUCACUGCUACCGCUUGCUCCUGGCAGAGGGAGUCGACGAAAGAGUUCAUUCUGAGUGUCUGAAAAUCAUGGAAGCGCUCCUAGAGCAAGGGGCCCCAGCGUUGCUCUCCUUUUUCACAGAUGCUGAUUUGACCAGGGUUUUGCUUGCGAGGCAAACUACCAACCGCAGAUUUUUCAACCAGCUUUUUGCUGCUGCUGAUAAGAACCCUGGAGGCCCAUUGGAGGCGCUCUGUGUGGCAACAGUUUCAAAACUUUCGGGAGUUGAAAGAAAAGAGCUCUCAGAGUGGCUCAGACAUCUCUUGCUAGGGCAAUUGUGCCUGGACUCUCCAGAAGUGCCCUCAGACGAAAUCCCUGAGCCUGCGGAGUCGAGCAGCAAGAAGACGGCAGGCCCAGAACAAGUAGAAAACCAACAGCUGCUACGCUAUUUGGUCUCUUACAUAGUGAAGGAAGGCCCUGCCUCUGAGGCUCUGUCGAGAACCAUUUUGGAAGCGCUCAUACCCAUCGGCUCACGGCUGCUUACCUUAGACAUGCCAGGAACUGGAUUUUCAGACGUCAUGCAGAUCAUGGUCACUCUAGCCAAUUCGGGAUCCAGAAGAGGCCACAUCCACCUAUUCUGCGCGGCCACCCUUUGGCUUGAACAGUGCAAAGAAUUCAUAGUUGAUAGGGAAACCUUGAAAAAAAUUGAAAAGGAUCAAAGUCUGACUGGAAAGACUCGUGAUAUUGUUGAAGCAGCCGGACAACUGCUUAACUACGUGGCCGAUAUUAUUGGAGCGCUUGGCAUAUCCCAAAACAACUCUAUGAUUGGGGAGAGAGCCCAGUCGCCAUGGGACAGCAGCGACCUUAGCCCGCCAGACACUCUUGACUGUGAAUGGAUGGAAGAGUGGAUGGGCGGAGAUGAUGAAGACAGCACAGGAGAAGAUUCUGAUGAGGACAGCCUGUGCAACAAACUGUGCACUUUCACUCUGACCCAAAAGGAGUUCAUGAACCAGCAUUGGUAUCAUUGUCACACAUGCAAAAUGGUUGACGGUGUUGGAGUGUGCAGUGUGUGCGCCCGGGUGUGUCACAAAACGCACGACGUAACGUACGCUAAGUACGGCAACUUUUUCUGCGACUGCGGAGCGAAAGAUGACAACUCCUGUCUCGCACUCGCAAAGCGCAGCCCAGAACCGCAACCAGCUCCCCCGUUCAGCGUGGACUCAUCUCAACCUCGCCGAGCUACCUCUUCUCCUGUCCCGGAGCGGUCGGAACGAGCCAAAGAUGACAAAGCGCGCCACCGUUCUGCGCUCUCCCAACAGCUAGAGGCGUGUGCUGAAACACUGAUGCACCACGCCGCUGGAAGUCCUAUGGUGGGCUCCCUGCUUGAGAUGCUAUGCUUGCUUGUUGGAGCUGUUAGGGCCGCCUGUGAAAGAAACAGCUCGGUUGGAUGCCACGCAAGGGCUCAACAAGCCCUUCUUCGUCUCCACACACACCCAAAAACGUUUGAAACGUGCGACCAACUGAUGGUGCCAACUCUUGGCUCUCAAGAGGGCGCUUUUGAAAACGUCCGCUCAAACUACCCUGGUGACCAAGGCCAGACCAUAAGACAGCUACUGUCGGCCCACAUGAUCCGAAGAGUGGCCAUGUGCUGCCUGAGUUCGCCGCACGGAAGACGCCAGCACCUGGCCGUCAGUCAUGAAAAGGGCAAGAUCACGGUGCUCCAGCUGAGUGCACUGUUGAAACAAGCUGACUCAUCCAAGAGGAAACUCACCCUGACUAGACUAGCCUCGGCACCAGUUCCCUUCACGGUGCUUUCCAUCACGGGAAAUCCUUGCAACGAAGACUUUCUCGCUGUUUGUGGCUUAAAGGAUUGCCACGUUCUUACGUUCAGUGGUUCAGGCACAGUUUCGCAGCACCUAGUGCUGCAUCCGCACUUAGAAACAGGAAACUACAUCAUUAAAGCAGUGUGGCUGCCAGGAUCACAAACCCAACUGGCCUUGAUCACUGCUGACUUUGUCAAAGUUUACGACCUGGCAAAGGAUGUGCUCAGUCCUCAGUUCUACUUCCUCGUACCCAGCGGCAAAAUUCGCGACGCCACUUUCGUCUUUGCUGAGGAUUCAGAGCCAGCAUUGCUGCUCAUGUCAUCAGCGGGCUACAUCUACUCGCAAACAAUGGGACCAGACAGCUCUGCUGAGCACGGACCAUUCUAUGUCACCAACACGCUUGAGGUGAACCACCCUGACGUUAAAGAUGCCAACGGCCUGAUCGCAGGAGGAGGUGUUUCGGUCUACUACUCACACACCUUACAGCUGCUUUUCUUCAGUUACAACCAGGGCAAAAGCUUCCUGGCGCCACUCAGCAAAGACCUCCACCUAGGCGCCGUAUUUCAGAUCCAGCUGGCGAAAGCGGGCAAGGGAAGCCAAACGCAAGCUGCUCAGCCACUGUGCCAGUGGUCUGAAGUGCCUAAUCACCCCGGCCUGGUGUGCAGUGUGCUGCAGUCGUCCAACAACCCGGUCAUUCUCAUGCUCAGACCGGACACUGUCCUGGUCCAAGAAAUCAAGGUUGUGCCGGCUAAAGCGAAAAUCAUGGACAUGGUCGCCAUCAGACACGCCGCCUCGGGCUCCGAACUGCGCACCACUUUGAUUCUUCUGUGCGAGGACGGCAGCCUCCGCAUCUACAUGGCAGGCCAAGAGCACACCUCCUUCUGGCUCUCCGUGCAGCCGUCCAAUAGGUCCUCCAAGCGCCGCAAAGCUACUGCAAUCAAGACGACUAGUAAGGCGUCGAAGCCAAGUGCGGCCCCUGCUUUUCCAGUCGACUUUUUCGAGCAUUGCCAACUGAUGAGCGAGGUCGAGUACGGUGGAAAUGACGUACUUGAGACUUACAACACUGAACAAAUCAAGAACAGACUGGCCAAGCAAGGACAGUACAUUGCCAACAAUCGACCUGCUGGUUUUACAGUUGAGAUCACAAACUCGGAUCCGUCCAUGGUCAUCACUGGAAUCAGAAUCCAGGUUGGCUCUCAGGACCCUCUUCGCAGUCCUACAUUUGUUGAGGUUCAGGGUAGAAGCAUUCAGCUGAACGUGACAGGCUCCAGGUGGUUUGACUUCCCUCUGACAAGAGAAGAGAGCCUCCAGGCUGACAGAAAACUAUCAGUUACUUUCGGCCCUUCUCAAGAUCCUGAAUAUGCAACCAUGCUAGAUUCCAUGUUAGUUUACGGAAAGACCAAAGACUCGUUUGGCUGGCCUGAAGAGAAUGAAGAGUCUGGCUCGUCGAGUGGAACAGUAGCUGCAGGAACCGGAGAUACUGAGAACAACAGCGCACUAGAACAAAUGACGUCCUUGGAAAAGGUGGUUUCUGGGGUUCUUGAAGUCCUUGAUUGCUCCUUUACCCUAUUUGGCUGUCUGGAGGAGAAACAAGUGCAGCAGAAAUUGGUUACCAUCGACCUUGCCACAAAGAUGUUAACCCUUCCAACCUCCAACAACAUUCAGACUCACUCCAAGUCUCUUCUUGCUGCUCUGCACGCCAGCAGAGGAAGCUAUUACGAUUACAAAGAUCGUGCAAUCUUGGAGCAUCUUGUGGCUGUGCUAGAUGAGCUCUCUGCCAUACCAGAGUCCAGAGACCUUGACGCUGAAACCUUCUACAGAGUGGUGUUGAUGGCGCGCAGCAUUGCUGCGGCUCGGCCACAGAAUCUGCACAAAAUGGCAGAGGCCUUGUACCAAAAUCGUCCAAGACCAUUCGUUGCUCACUUACUUGACAUUUUCUGGCGCCUGCACGCGGCCCGACCAGUAAAUUCAGCUCUGGCUCCGGUUUGUGUACCUGGUCUGAGGCAUAUUGAGACCACGGUGCACGCCUUGGUCGAGAUCGUGCACGCCUUCGCUGUCUGCGACAUCGAGCAGGUUCCCCUCGCAGCUCAGCACUACCUGCAACUGCUUCUUUGUCCCGAUUCGCAAGUGUCAUUCAGCAGCAAGCAGGCUCUGAUCAGGGUGUUGCGGCCCAGACAGCGCAGCCGGAGGAGAGCUGCCUCCUUGCCUCCACCGUCUCCUCCAAUCACGGACGUGGACACUACAGAGCCAAUUCGAAUGCUCGGAGAGGAAGCCGCGGCAGUACCUCCACCUGCCCAAGCACCGGCUAAUCCCAUAGCGGCUCUCUUGAAUGCUGGUGGUGGCUACCCACCCCUGCUAGGUAUACCUCCUGAAGCGAUGGAUGAAACGAUGAUGGAGCUGGCAAUCGCUCUGAGUCUCGAGGAAGACGGAGAUCCUAUGGCUAAUCUUCUCAGCGUGCAGCAAAAUCUUCAACAGGGAAUGCAGAACUUGGAGGCUCAACAGGCAGCCCAGCAGGCUCUGCAGAAUCUACAAGUCUUAGCAGGCCAGGCAGGACCAAGUCAGGCUCCUGAGGCUGGCCAUUUGUCCGACACAACCGCGUCAGCUCCCUGCUCCGACGAUGAAGGCUCAAACGCAGCCACAGAUGGAAGCACUCUGCGCACGUCUCCUGCUGAACAAGGAGGUUCCGAGAGCGGAGGCAGUGGCGCCGAGAGCUUUGAGAUGUACGCAGUGGGACGGGUGGACGAGUCAAGCAAAUCACUGAGCAGUCAGAAGGAAAUCCAGCCUGUGGCAGAGCAGCAGCAGCAGGCUGCCGAAGCGCGUUCCUUGCUGGUCGAAAGGCUGCUGUUAGAGAAGCUGCUCGACUUUUUGCCCAAGCUGCGUGAAGUGGGAGGCGUGCAAGCCAUUCCCUUACUGCAGGUCAUUUUGAUCCUGACCUCGGACCUUGACGGUGACGACCUGCGAGACAGGCACUGCCUGGAAGCGUUGCUCGUCGCCCUGAUCAAUGAACUGGGCAUCAAGAGGCCGGUUGACGCCGCCACCGCUUCAGAGUGCAAACGCUCUCCUUUAGUGGAGGUUCACCUGGUGAUGAUGCGAUUCUUGAGUGUUCUCAUGAGCAGAGCCAAGACUGCCAGCAAGGCGGCCACCGCCAGCGACGCUUUCGUGUCCCAAACGACCGCGACCAGCCUUGUGGACAGCCGCGCCAUCGACUACUGCCUGUCCCUGCUGCAAGGCCUUCUCGUCUACUGGAAGGGCCAGGAGAGUGGCCAAACAACUUCCGCAUCCGGCCUGCUCAAGAGCCAGCCAGUGGCCGUUCCUCCAGACAUGUCGCCUUUCUUCCUCAAGCAAUAUGUCAAAGGACUUGGUGGCGACGUGUUCGAGUCGUACCCGCAGCUGCUGACUGAAAUGGCCCUCAGACUGCCAUACCAGGUCCUGAAGCAUUCGGAUUGCGCUGCCGCACUCUUUGGGCAGCAGUGGCGCCAGAUCCUCUGCGAUUACAUGAUGACAGCACAGGCACCAUUUGUUCGCAGACAGGUUCGCAAGCUGCUGAUGUUCCUCUGUGGAAGCAAAGACAAGUACCGGCAGAGCAGAGAUCUUCAUUCGCUUGAAUUCCACAUGGGUCGAGCAACUGACCUCGCAGCCGACGCCCUAGCCUACGAUCAGCUUGUGCAGCUGAUGGAGCACUUGAAAGCAUGUCUUGAGGUGGCCACAAGCAGGCCCAAUAACUGGCAGAACUUCUGCCUGUCCUCAGAGCCGCUGAUUCCAUUCCUCUUCAGAGCCAGUUGCACUCUGGAUGAGGGCGUUUGCCCCACUGUCCUCCAACUGUUGCAACAUGCCAUUUGCAGACCAAGAGAGCGUGAAAGAUCUGUUGAGUCUGACGAUGACCGACCAGACUGCUCUCUACUGGUUGGCUACGUGAACAAAAACGUGGCAUCUGAAGUGAUGGGCCAUUUCAUCAAGACCUUCCUCCUUGAGACAAAUGCAGCCUCAGUUCGCUGGCAGGCGCAUGAACUUGUGCUCAGUCUGUUUGAACACUCCUCUGAUGCCGAGCAGCAGCAUCUAUUGUCUCUACUUUGGUCCUUCUGGCCAAGUCUCAAAACCUACGGCAAAAAAGCGUCCCAGUUUGUUGACUUGCUGGGCUAUUUCUCCAAACAAACUGCCGACAAGAACGGAAAGUUACAGGAAAUGGUUAAUUUUGCUGUGGAGGCUCUGAAAGCGCAAAAUCAAGUGCUGGCACAGCAUCCAAACACCUCCAUCUACAGCAAGCUUGGCCAAUUUAUCGAGCUGGAUGGUUACUUCUUUGAAAGCAGGCCGUGUCUAGUUUGCAACAGCCCUGAAGUCCCGCUGUCGAGCAUCAAACUGUCUGCUGUGAAAGUGGACUCGAAAUUCACCACCACUACUCAAAUCGUCAAGUUGGUUGGCAGCCACUCGAUCAGUCGCAUCACCUUGCGCAUUGGAGACAUCAAGAGGGCCAAGAUGGUGCGAAACAUCAACAUCUACUACAACAACCGCACCGUCCAGGCGGUAGUUGAGCUGAAGAACAAGAUGUCCAUGUGGCACAAAGCGAAACGCGUCACCCUCACGUCUGGACAGGCUGAAGUCAAGGUUGAUUUCCCUCUUCCAAUUGUGGCUUGCAACUUGAUGAUCGAGUACGGCGACUUUUACGAAAAUAUCCAAGCCUCCUCGGAGACCCUCCAGUGUCCCAGAUGCGGGGUCUCUGUACCUUCGAAUCCAGGCGUGUGCGGCAACUGUGGCGAAAAUGUUUUCCAGUGCCACAAAUGCAGAGCCAUUAACUAUGAUGAGAAGGAUCCAUUCCUAUGCCACGCGUGUGGCUUCUGCAAGUACGCCAAGUUUGAGUACACUCUGGUCGCUCGGGCCUGCUGCGCUGUGGACCCGAUUGAGAACGACGACGAUCGGCGCAAGACCUUGGCGGCCAUAGCUUCAAUGCAAGAGCGCGCCGACCGAGUGUACAAACAACUGAUGGCCAUCAGACCGACCGUUGAGAACAUUUUGCACAACGUGGAAGAAGGCCACGUGAGCUCUCUGGACGACACGCCUUCGUCAGGAUCAGCCUCUUCUGGCACCUCUAACACGCAUGUCAAACACAAAAUCCAGCUACUGGCCCAGCGCUACUGCACCGAUUGCAAAGGGUCGUUUGAAGAACUAGGAAAAAUUUCUCAGAAGGUAUUGGCUUGCCGCGAAGAAAUCUUAGCGUACGACCGAAAGCAGCGGGAGAGUGCGCCACGUAAUAACGCAGGCCGCAGUCUGUCGCACUCGUGCAAAGGCUGCUACGGCUGCGCCAGUGCCACCAUGGAGCAUUGCCUGACCCUGCUAAAGGCCCUGGCCUCGAUCCCCGGCCCCAAGGAACAGCUCCGCCGCAGCGGCCUUGUCAGCGAGUUGGUCGAGCGAAAUCUGCACAGACGCAGUGCCAGCGUCCAGCAGCAGGUGCGCCAACUGCUCUGCCUGCUUGCCCGCGACCAACCUGAGACAACUGCUGAGCUCUGUCAACUGCUCACCGACCGCAUCUCGUUGGCGUUAUCAGCACCUUCGUCAGGCCAACUGAGCGUACAACCAGAAAUGAGUCUCUUGUCCUCUCUAAUCUGCACUGAAGAUUCCUGUUGGGAGGAAAAACUGCGUUGCGUUGUGCGUCUGUACCUUGCAGCUGUGCAGCAAGCCUCUCCUCCGGUCACCGAGGCGGUCCUUCUACCUUGUCUGCACAUCCUGCUCGGCCUGAUGAACCCGCCCAAACCAAGCACGCAGUCGCACAAGGACAAGAGCGUGCUGCAGCUGUCAGGAAUAGCGCCGGCCCAAGAGUCUUCUCUCAGUCUUGACGCGUGGCUCAACGGUGACGCGAGACACUCCUUCGCAAAGUGGCGCUCUUGGCACCUGCAAAGAAAGGAACCCAUCUCUAGGGAGGAGGCCAGGACCACCUACCUCGAGUACAAGUACCUACGCAGGUGGAGGGCCUCUGCUGGUCAUCACGUUCCGCGCCUCAGGUUCUCGCAGACUUCCUGGCUGAGACAUGUCCUCUUCAACCAAGGCUCCAGGGUCGCCAGACAGGCUGCUUGCAAAAUGCUGGAGACCUUCUUCGCCUGUCAAGUGCCCCAGAGGAAGCAAGAACUGCUGAACCUGCUGACUGAAUUCCUCGACGACCUGGGUUCAGCUGGCGAAACAGCAGCCGAGUUCCUCGCCCUUUACCGCACCCUGAUCCAAGCUGACUGCUGGAAACGCUACUUGGCCCUGCGAGGUACGCUCGUGCGCCUGGCCGACCUGAUCAGUCGCGAAAUCAGCCAGCUGAGCCGUCAGGAGGAGAGUUCCCUCGACCUGGCUGAAGGAUUCGCCCUCAAGUCCCUGACAGAGUUGCUCUCCUGCUUCCUGGAGCACGAUGCCAUCAAGCGGCUGUACAAGGGCCGGCUGGUGGGUGCCGUUCUCAACGGCUACCUUGCCCUGCGUAGACUGGCUGUCCAACGCACCAGGCUGAUCGACGAAACGCAAGACAAGUUGUUUGAGCUGCUGGAGGAGAUGACCAGCGGCACUGAGGCGGAAACGAACGAUUUCAUGCGGAUCUGUCUUGAUGCCGUGGAGAGGUGUGAAGCUGAUGACGAUUUAACACCAGUCUUCAUCUUGGAGAGACUCUGCUCCAUCAUCAGUCCUGAGGAGAACGAUGUGGGCGACUUCCUACUCACUUUGGACAAGGAUCCACAGCAAGAAGACUUUUUGCAAGGCCGCAUGCUUGGAAACCCGUAUCAAAGCUCGGAGCCAGGCUUGGGCCCUUUGAUGAGAGAUGUGAAGAAUAAAAUCUGUCAAGACUGUGAGUUGGUGGCUUUGCUUGAGGAUGACAAUGGCAUGGAGCUGUUGGUCAACAACAAAAUCAUCAGCCUGGACCUGCCAGUGCGCGAGGUCUAUAAGAAAAUCUGGCUGACCGAGGGUGAUGGUGAAGCCAUGCGAGUUGUUUAUCGAAUGAGAGGUCUGCUUGGCGACGCCACUGAGGAAUUUGUUGAGACCCUUGACAACAAAACCAAGCAGCAGGUUGACAAUGAGCAAGUCUACAAAAUGGCUAAUGUGAUGUCUGAGUCAGGUGGAAUUCAGGUGUUAUUAAAGCGUUUGCUGUGUGUGAACAAUGUAGUGAGAUCAAAACCUUUGCUGCAAGUGCUGCUGAAACUGUUCCUCUUGUGCACAAAGGUGAGAAGCAACCAGGAAUUGCUAGCUACGCCUUCGGUCGGAGCAAUCGAAGCAUUCUUGGCCACCGCUGAGAAAUGUUUGACCGCUGGAAAAGCUGUUGAGCCGCGAACGACUGAGCAAAUCUUGAACAUUAUGGAGACCAUUCUUACCUUGGCUGCGACCAAACCACUGGACCACUUCCUGCAGCUCACCAGAUCUGCUAAAGGCGCUGAGCACGUCAAGGACCUCCUGCAGUUUGCGUCUGGAGAGGUCAGUCCCCAGCUCUUGCAACACCUGGCAAAGGUGGCCGGCGCCCUGAGCUACGGUGACCCAGGCCGCAUGGCUGUCCUGACCAACUACCUUGCGCCAGCCCUUGAUUUUGAGAAGUAUGACCUCUCUCGCUUGCCGGACGAAGAGCAGAAGAUGGAGUUCCUCUGCCUGCUGGCGUCCGGAAUGGACCACAAUGCAGCCGGCAGCACCCUGAAGGACCACCUCAACCAGCUAGGUGUUGUGCGCAAGGCCGUCGAUUACAUCGCAGCGCAUGCGCCACCUGCCUCGCCGCUGAUGCUGGUGCCUGGCACCGACGCCUGGAAGGAUUUCAUCUCGAGACCAGCCCUCAAGGCCAUUCUCAGGGUACUUGCUGGAUUGGCUACAGAACAUGAGCCAACUCAGCUGGAAGUCUCAACACCAGAGUGCAUCGCUGUUUUGCACAGACUGGAGCAAGUUUCAUCGGAGGAGAGAGUCGGAUCGCUCUCUGAGAACCUGCUGGAAGCGCUGGGCACCAAUGAGGCUGUGAAGGAGAGGAUCGAAAAGGUGCGUCAUCACACCAGAGCAGAAAAGAAGAGACUGGCUAUGGCGAUGAGGGAGAAACAGCUGGGAGCCCUGGGCAUGCACACAAACGAGAAAGGGCAGGUCACAGCCAGCAGCUCCCUUCUCUCUCAGAUGGAUGAGUUGGGUGAGGAAACUGGCUUGGUCUGCGUCAUCUGCCGUGAAGGCUAUCGGUGCCAGCCGAGCAAGGUUCUGGGCAUUUACACGUACACGAAACGGUGUGCGCUGGAAGAGGAGGAGCGGAAGCAGCGCCGUUCCCUGGGCUACUCAACCGUCAGCCACUUUAAUGUUGUGCACAUUGACUGCCACAUGGCCGCCGUGCGUCAAGCGCGCACCAGGGACGAAUGGGAGUCUGCCGCCCUGCAGAACGCCAACACCAGGUGUAACGGACUGCUUCCUUUGUGGGGUCCUGUCGUGCCAGAGUCCGCUUUCGCCAGCUGCCUCGCCAGACACAACACUUACCUGCAGGAAUGCACUGGCCACCGCGACAUCUCCUACUCGAGCACUGUGCACGACUUGAAGCUGCUACUGCUGAAAUUCGCCUAUGAACGCUCCUUCAACGAAGACACUGGCGGCGGCGGACCUGAGUCCAACAUGCACCUGCUGCCGUAUCUGGUGCACAUGGCCCUCUAUGUCCUGAACACAACAAGAUCCGCGUCGCGGGAGGAAAAGUCCCUCUCUGCAUUCCUGGCCGCCAGCCAAGACACCUGGGUGGUUAACUCAUUCGUGCCAGACGGGCCUUUGUACUGGUGUGUCAUGUCAGUGCUCCUAAGGUCAUUCAAAAAAUGGGAACAGGAGGACGGAGUGGCCCAUCUUAAGCGGCUGUUGAUUUUGGCGCAGACGAGGCACGUGGAAAAGUCAAACACCCAGCAGGUGAAGGCGACGAAGCUAUCAGACUCGUCAGUAAAGGAGUAUGCUGUUUACAAACCCUAUCUUUUGUACUACGCACUGGUGGACGGCCUCUACAAGUACUGCUUUAAGAAGGUUACAUGCGGCAGCGAGGAGCAGUGGCCCAAUGCCCUGGCAGAAUACAUCCGCCACAAUGACGAGAACCUUGUCAAAGCCAGCAACCAGCUGCUCUCCUUUUACUCGGACGAGCUCUUGCCGUGUGCCUCCUUUGAUGAAUUCUGCGACAUAGUCGGACUUCUUGGCGAGAUAAACAACCCUGAGUCUUUCCUUUCCGACACUCUCAGAGGCGUGUCUGGAUAGCAGAGUAACCCGUGUGUCCUGCCGAUGCUUGCACACACUCUCGAUUCGUUUUUCAGCAGUUGCAGUUUUAAUUAGAAUAUUCUGUUUUUGUGCUAAACCUUGUGGAUUCAGUCAAUUUAUGCAAUUGGUCACUAUGAAUAAAUAUAUUGCUUUGCAUGA